CAACUCAAAUCUGCCAAACACUCUUCUCUCUCUCUCUCUCUCUCUCUUUGUUUCCGCCUAUUCCCAUUUUCAGACCAAAUACAAAUUCACCAUCUGUUUCCAAAAACACAUCUCUCUCUACCCAUCUGCUACUAAAUUUCCUUAGUCUCCUGAAAUGGUCUCAGAAGAGGAGAAGAUGAGAGUUGUUUUCUUGACAAAGCCAUUGUCAUUAGAAAGCGAAUCGAAUGGUGAUUACAGAGCUCCUAAUAUACUUAAGCGCGUCCUAAGCCUAUUCAGAAAUGUACGGCCAGGAUCAGAUCUCACUCGCUUCCAGCUGUCACCUCUCUUUAACAUACCAAAGUCACAGCUCCAGUGUUUCGGCGAAUGUGUGUACUGCAUUAAUAAUGAUAUGUUAGGGAAUUGCAACAAAGGGGAAACCCCCAAGGACAGGUUCACAGCCGUUGUAUCGUGGAGUAUUUCUACUUUGCGUCCUAUGAUUUUUGGAAUUGCUCCAUACAACCCCAUUCUUGGAGAAACUCAUCAUGCGUCAAGGGGGAACCUCAAUGUUCUACUUGAGCAGAUUUCACAUCAUCCACCAGUUACUGCGAUGCAUGCAACUGAUGAGAAAUCAAACGUUGAAAUGAUAUGGUGUAACCAUCCUACUCCCAAAUUCUAUGGUACUUCCGUGGAAACUGAGGUGCAUGGAAAAAGGGAGCUGAAGCUCCUGAAUCAUGGAGAAACUUAUGAAAUGAACGCCCCAAAACUUUUAAUCAAAUUCCUCCCAGUACCUUGGGUUAAUUGGGUUGGUGAAAAUAGAAUCCGUUGUCAUGAGACCGGCCUUGAAGCUGAGUUAAACUAUGGAAGCAGUUCCCUUUUUGGCCUUAGGGGAAAUCCUAGAUCAGUCAAGGGAAAGAUCUUCGACUCAUCAUCCUUGGAGAUUCUUUAUGAGAUAGAUGGUCAAUGGGAUAGAACUGUCAAAUUGAAGGACGUUAGCAGUGGGAAAGAAACAGUUAUAUACAAUGCAAAAGAAGCCAUCUCAGGACUCAAAUCUCCAGUUGUUACAGAUCCGAAGGGAGUCUGGCCGAGUGAGUCAGCUGUGAUCUGGGGUUUGUUAAGCCAAUCUAUCCUGAACAAGGACUGGGGAAGAGCAAGAGAAGAAAAGAAAGAAGUUGAAGAAAAACAAAGGGAGCUAUUUAGAGAAAGAGAAGCCAGAGGUGAAACUUGGGCUCCUAAGCAUUUCAUUGUGAAUUAUAGCAAAGAAGGUGGAUGGGAUUGCUCACCCAUUCACAAGUGGGUACCACCAGCCCCCAUAUCUGUACCCAUCUCGUAAGUGUGCAUCAACAAUCAGAAAACUUAUUGGUUCAACUUUUCUCUUCUAAUUCAUAGACUUUUGGUUGUGA